CUCUGUAUUUCGAGGGUGCUAAUUUCGUCGUAUGCAGUGAUCAUAGGACAAAUCAUAUGGCGCGGUUGAUGACUAGAGAUCCUGACGGGUUACAACAGCGAACAAUCAUGCGUAGAUCACCGUCAAGGGACAAUGGACCAAGGAGAGCUACAUUUCCUUCAAACAGAAGAAGAUUCGAGCCAUUGUUAUUGGGAUCCGCUUUGCUAACUGGGUUUUCUAAUAUAACAAAUCGUACUGACUACGGAGCCCCCUCACCUACAUUCGACAGCCUCCUCUCGAUAAAUACUAGAUGAUAUCCUAAGGAAGGCUUAACUCUGUAGCCAGUGGUUCCGUCGAGAUGGCUGGGUUAUGUUGGAUACUUCCUCCCUAUUUCUCUCAAUUAGUGAGUGCCAUUCUAAGAUCAUUU